AUGCCUUACCCUCUCGAUACGCACGUCCUGACUGUGGACACCAAUGUCAUCAACAAGGUCGACACCUCAAAUCCUCAGAACCUCUACAGCAUGUGGACUGUCUUUGCCAAGUGCGCAGAGUCUGUUGAACAGGGCCGCAGGUUAGAGAACCUCAGCUGGCGAUUGUGGAACCGUGAAACGUUCUGCUGCACCGAGGAGGAACAAGCCUCCAUUACCGCCACCAGCUUGCCCAGAGAGAUCCCCCAAACGAGCAGAAUACAAGAUAUUCCUCAACUAUCCGGCAGUGUCGACUCAGAAAACGACGACGAGGCGGUCGACUUCACCUCACUGUCCGCACCCCUCGAGAUCCGCCCUAGAAUCCAAAGACAGGACUCCUGCGCCAGCAACCGCAGCCGUGGCAAAGAACGCCACAUCACUUCCGGCGACUUUGAGAAGAUGGUCGUCUCCAUUAUCAAGGAGAACGAGCCCUUGUCCGCACCUCUCCCGCAAAUGGCCUCCCCUUACAUGCCUCCUAUGAAGGAGACUCCCGACUUGGCACCUGCCUCCCCCGUCUACGAGCACUCCGGAUCUACCACAACCGAGUCGCCUUGCAAGUCAUCGGAAGAAGAGCACUCCCAAGAGCCGACCUCACCCGAAAUUACUUCGCGCACCACCGUCGUCCGUGGUUUCUCUCCAUCCCAGAUCCCCAGAGCCAUUCCUGCCUCUCCCAAGGUUAUCUCUCCCGCCGCCAUUCCCGAGCCGAAGUCGUCGCCCGCCGCCAAGCCCAUCCUGUCAAAGAAGCAGCCCAUGUUCUCCAUUGGCGAGUCCUGCUCCUCAAGUGAGCAAGGCCACAGCAUCGAGAACCUGAGACCUAUUCCCGCUCCUGUCCAGAAGCGCAAGAUGUUCCAGGUCGGCGGCUCCUCUGAGGAAGACAGCUCCCUCAAGAGUGCCCUCGCCUCCCAGCCCGGCUCCCUGCUCAGCGGUCAGAAGAAGACGACUUCCUUCGCCGACCACGUCUCCACCCGUAUGAUUAACGACGACAACUCUGCCAUUGCCGACGAUUCGGAGACCGACUACGUCGAUGAGAGCGCCAUCGAUGACGACGACGAUUCCUCCGACUGGGAAGACUCCAUCGAGGACAGCAACAAGUCCAGCAUUGAUGAGAAGACCUUCUUCCAGCGUGUCGACUCCAAGGUCAACUUGACUUCGCGCCGUUCCUUGAUCACACUCAUGGUGACAGAGCAGAACGACCGUUCUACUAAGCUUAGCAACAUUGCUUCCCAGUCUACCUCGGCACUUCCCUGGUCGCGCACCAGCCACCCGGCUCCUCCCACCUUGGCCGUCUCCCCCAACGACUCCGAUGAUGCCCCUCUCAUGAUGAAGCGCGGCAAUCGCUCUUCUCCUUUGAAGCCCAUCAACGAGGUGCCUCGGUCGGCUGCCCAGCCUAUUCAUGCCACGGCCAGCCACAGCCACCUCCAGGCUGCUCUGUCUCCCCGAACUACCCGUCGCAACAUGCUUGCGACUGAGUUGACCGAGUCUCUUCGCCGCAACCUUCUCUGGGAGCGCCAGCAGAAGUCGUCUACCGCCAAUGCCGUCCUCAAGAGACGUCACACCUCCCACGACGUCGCCAACCUGAAGCAGUACCCCGAGAAAGUCUGCCUCAAGAAUGGAGACGCUCCUGUCAACCCCCAGUACUUCUCCAAGGACACGGACAACUUUGGAGGCUACCACUCCAAGGGAUGGUAA